AUGGAUCAUAGCUGGAUGAGAGUCCCCAUGAUGAAGGGAACAAAAAUCCAGGAGCAGCACGCAAGGGACUUGUGUCUGACCGUCUUGCUCGUUUUUGCGGGGCUGGCGAUGGUGGGCUACGUGGAGGAUGACGAGAACGUGAUACUGCUACAGAACAGAGCGAUCAGCACUGCAUCGCAGCAAAGCUUUCUUCAUGACCUCAACAUGACCGACGGCGAAUGCUUGCAAGUGCUCAUACAAAUAUCCCCGGAGCUUGUGGGACCUCUCAGAGAGAACGCGAACGUGACGUUGGGCGGUUAUCUGAACCACAACGCCUUCACGAUGGUAUGUCCCCUUGGUGAGUGCAAGGAGUUGCAAGAAACCAAACAUGUCCGCUGGAUGGGAAGACGACAUGCAUAUGACAAGUUGGGAUUUGACAUGCAAGAGCUCUCCCUGGCAGGAGAAACGGGGAACCAGAAACGCUCGCGGUCCUGCCUUAGGGACUAUCGGACGUUUGCUAGGGAUCUUGAAAGGAUGGUGUCGAUGUACGUUGGUGCAGGAGAGCACUUCAUCGUGCAGGAGAUCAUCUUGCGGGUUGCUGAUCUGGUGGAGGUGGAUUGGAUUGAGCCAACGUUCGCAUACGUGACAAGGAACUUUGCGGCGGGAAAGAUUGUCCUAUCAGGAUCGUCGGAGGACUCGAGGCUGAGCACGAAACUCUUCACCAAGACCAUCGCGACCCCUCUCAACGGCAGCGGCCAAGUCAUCGCCAUUGCAGACACAGGGGCUGACUUUGACAACUGCAUGCUGUGGCAGCAGCCGUUCCCCUUCCCUUGCCUUGGGAGUUAUCGAUAUUGUUUUCUGGCUCAGCCCGACUUCGUUUCCUUUGUUCGGGAGAUGCAAACGAGAACUCAAGAUGGUCCUCUGCUAGCCGGUUUUUCUUUGCGUGGCGACUCUUCGAUGGAUCUUCUUCUGUCCGCAUGGAGUGAAGUGCGGCCGAAGCUGCUGGAGAUUUUGACAUUGGACUCAACCUGUCUGAGCUGUGGAGGAAAGAUUGUGACAGAGCAGGGAAUUGACCGAUUCAUACCAAAGCAAUCAACAGCGUAUGAGAAAACAGACACCACGCCGCAGCUUGUUAUGGAUACGAUAGGAACGGAGUACAGAUAUUUCUCAAACCUGAUGUUCGAGAAGUGCAUGUGCUGGUUCACAACUCCAAGCCCCGGGACGAUCACGCCUGUAGUAUCUGAGCAGUGGACCGGACCAAGCCUGCCGGCGCUCGACACCAACUUGUUGCAGUCAAUGUGCAACAUCACGAGAGGAGGCGGAAAGUACCCUGACCCGAGGUCGCUUCCAAGAUAUCCCAAUGGGACCCUACCAGGGCGGAGAGAACAUCACUAUCAACCCUUGCAACGUGACCUGGGAUCCAAGGUUGAUCGAAGCAGCUAUUUCCCAAUGCGUCUCAUCGUACUAUCUCGGCGAAAACUUGUAUGGACUGCAGACUGGAAGCCCAGAAGCCAAUUCAGCGCUCUACACGAGUGGUGGAAGAUCUACACGACAGUCCCUCCAUACGACAGGGCAGAUCACUCCAGGAGGAAGCUCAUCGGCUACUACACGUUCCCCGGCUGCUCGCCGUGUGGCCUCUGCAACCGCGUCCGCAUCGACAUCUCCUCCUUCCCCUCCAGCUCAUUCUCGCGCUCCCUCCCAGCUCUGCUGGCCAGGACCGAGGCCCUGUCGAUCCAGCUGGCUCCUCUGACUGACGACUGGAGGUUUGACGAGUUUGCGGCGAGGUACACGGACUUCAGCCUUGUCAUGAACGUUGACGUCACAGUCAACAAUGAGGCCAGCAGGCAGGUCGCUCAGUUCGGCAUUGCAGUGUGCGUGCUGAGCAACGAGACGUUCGCCCGGUCCACGAGCGCCCAGCUCAAGGACCUGAGCUACUGGAACACGACCUGUCUCAACAGCCAGGGCUUCCAGCACCUGCUCUCUUCCUCCUCCUCCUCCUCCUCCUCUCCUUUCAAGGUCAACGUUCCGUUCUACACCAUGGCAUCCAACUCAACCCUCCCCAAGACAGCAGACGGGUUUGUCAUCUACGUCAUGAACGCAGCGAGUCAGGCCGGGGCAGUGUCCGUCUACGUGAGCGUGCGAGGGCAGCUGUAUGCUAACUCGAUACCCUGCAGCGACAAGCGCGACGGGGAUCUGCUGCCUUCCUUUGACAGCAGGACGACUAAGAUUAGGAGUGACGAUAGGAGGGGAGUUGACUCGGUCGGGGACGCGAACGUUUGCGCAGACACCAACAAGAACUACUGUGACGGCUCCUCCUCCUCCGGGCGACAGGUUGACUUGUGUGGGGUGUGCGGGGGUGGCUGCUUCCCCCCUGCCUGCUCCCUCUCCCACUGCAUCUCCUCCUCCUCCCUCCUCGCCCGCGUCAGGUUCGUCGAUCAGUUCGCAGCAGCAGGAGGGACUGUUUCCCGCACCUUCCUCCCAGCUCAUCGCUGCCCCAGCGACUACGGCAGCAUCGUCCCCUGCCUUGAUCUCGGAUGCUCAGCGGCGCUAGGAACUUGUCAGGGAAGAAAGGAGACGUACAACAUCGAUACCCUCCUGCUCUCCCUGACCUCGGGGGCAGAGUUCAAGUUCCCUGCUGGGUCGCUGCUGGUGGACGGGAGGAGGGACGACAGGAGGUGGCUGCUGACAAUCUCCUCCUUCCUCCCGAUCCAGGGAAUCUUUCGCAAUGGGCAGGACGGGGCGAUCGGAGGAGUGCAGCUAUCGCUACUCCCUGCUCCUGCCGUCAUGCUCUCGUCAGCUCCGUCGCAGCUGCAGGUGCUGGGGACCCUGGCGGAGCUGGAGCAGGCGCUGAAGACGUUCACCGUCACUUGCUCCUCCUCCCCCAACAACAUCCUCGACAGGCAGCGCCUGCUGCGCAUGGAGCUACAGCUAUUCCUCAACGGGACGUCGGUCAACCUUGACGGAACCAUAGGAACUCAGUGCAAGGUGGGAUGGCGAGGGGCGGGAUGCAACAUCGUUCAGCACAGGAAGGAGAUAGUUCUGUCCUGUGCUCCUCAGGACCAAGGAGCUCGGUUCAUCGCUCCCUCGGACAUGCUGCCGGGAAGGAGGCCGAUCCUCAACAGGCAAGGGCACGGGACGCACGUUGCGGCCUCGGCAGGAGGGGAGGCGUACGAUCCGGUUGCGUUCCCUUCCCUCCCUCUCUCCACCCCGCUCAGCAUCCACAACUCCAUCGCGAGCUCUGCAAAGCUGAUGGUUGUUGACAUCUCCUCCUCUUCCUCCCUCUACCUCUCCCCCCCCGACUCCAUCACUCUCCUCCUCACCCGCCCCUACAACGACGGCGCCAGGAUCUUCCUGAACCCCUGGAGCUGCUCCGACUUCCGCUGGUGGAAGGAGCAGGAGACUUCUUUCAGCUACAACUACCUCAUCGCCCAGGACGCCUCCCUACACGGUGACCCUCAAAUCUGCAACCGCUACACCAUCGACUCGCGCGAUGUCGACGACUUCGUCCACUCCCAUCCCGACCUGCUCGUCAUCUUCUCAGCUGGCGACUCGGAGGGAGGUUACAGCAGCGUGUCCUCCCCUGGCACCUGCAAGAACUGCCUCACCGUCGGCAUGUCCCAACUCUGGGAGCAGGAGGAGGUGGCAGGAGCUGAGUACCUGCUGGACCAGUGCAGGCCGGAAGACUGUCCCCAGCUGUUCUGGGAGCAGGGGUCCGGGACGAGCGGCGUGUGUGUGGACUCCUCCUCUUCUCCACCUUCCCAGCUCGCCUCCUGCUGCGCCUUCAAGUAUGGGGGGGACAACCCUGAGACCAUCGACUACCGCAACCAGCUGGGGUUUGCAGUCUCUCAGCAGGGGACUUUGACUAGCUACGUGUCAAAAGUUGCCAACGCACCGCCCACGUACAUCGGCAACCUGUACACGGACAAGUCCAGGCUAAAGAUGGAGCGAGUCAAACCCGAGCUGAUGGCUCCCGGUGUCAACGUGCUAAGUGCGAGGUCCGAUGGCGAUCCAAACUCAGGAGGAGUUCGAGGAUGCAGAUGCUGCAUGAACAGCGGGGGAGACGACAAGUCCUCCAUCGUCGCUCUGACAGGAUCGAGCAUGUCAGCGGCUCAGGUCGCUGCAGCUGCAGCUCUUGUGCGCUCCUACUUCGAGCAGGGAUUCUUCCCCCUGGGGACUGCAGGAGGGAACGUCUGGAGCCCGAGCGCGGCGCUGGUGAAGGCUGUGCUGUUAGCGUCAGCAGACAAAAUGCUGAAGAAGGAGGAGGCGAGUGGGGAGAGAACAGACAUUUCCUCCCUCUCCCUCCCCAACCCCUACGAGGGUUUCGGCCGACUUCACCUCCUCAACGUCAUCCAGCUCAACGAGCAGACGCCGCUGACCGAUCGCUGCACCUGCCUGGGAAGCAACGACCUGCUGUUCUCUCCCGCCAACGACCCUGACGGGAAGAGGAAGCAGCUGCUUGGGCCCAACUACGGCAAGACUUGCGCGCCAUGGGACAAGAACCUUUGCAACGAGACGCUGGUGGGAGGAGGAGAGCCAGAUAUCAGCUGCUGCAAGUCUUGGUGCUGGGUCUCGCCCACAUGCCAGGUUGCCAUCCCCUCUCCGCGCUACCCGGGCAUGUUCUUCUCCUACCUCAUCUGCCCAAGCGACCUGUCGGUGCUCGACGCCUGCCCCUGGCGCAACCAGGCAGUGAACAUCAACGUUCGCAUGCUCGUAAGGGACGCCAAGAUCGUGGGGGCAGCAGGGGAGGGAGUGAGCAGAACGUUCGAGGACUUGCAGGCCAAGGUCUCCCCCCAAGAGUUCUCGCUCAGUCAGAACGAUACUCUCCUCUACUCCCUCGCCAUCACAGGGGCCAGUCAGAGCAGCCCCUUCAAGGUCACCCUGGUGUACACGGACCCGGCUCCUGCUCUCGCCUCCUCUACGCUCCUUGUCAACGACCUCGACCUCUCCGUCUCCGUCACCCCUAUCACCGCAGCCAUCGGCUCGUCCAUGACCAUGAAUCAAGUCCUGCAGCUCCCGGUGAACCAGGUGGAGGAGCAGACAUACUACGGCAACGGGAAGCUACUUGGUGAUGACGUGAACAACGUCGAGCAGGUUCGGAUCACGCAGGCUGGGCCCAGCGUGGUCAACGUGACUGUGAGGGGGAAGAGGGUUGUGCAGGGGUUGAACACAAGUGACCUUUGCCAGACCUUUGCCAUCGUUGUCUCAGGAGACCUAGCAGGGCUCGUGGGGGACAGUAUGCAGGCUGACUACACGGGGAUGCGAUACGGUAUCUGCGGGAGGCCGGCGGGGCCGGCGGAGGCGAAGAAGAAGUCGCAAGUCUGGAAGCUUAUCAUCGCUAUCGUGAUCCCCUGCUUCGUCGGCCUCCUCAUCUUCAUCUGCAUCAUGAGAUUCCUCUACAUGAAGAGAGUCAGGAGGCUUGCGGGAGGAGGAGGAGGAGGAGGGAUGGAGCAGUUCGCAGGGAUCAAGUACAUGAGCACGGUGACACCGCUGGAGUGCGUGUCGGGGAGAGCGAGAGGAGGAGGGCUAGAUCGAAUUCUUCUCGAGUUCGGACAGUCGCAGGAUGGAUAUUACGUUGGUCAAACAUGUUCCAUCACAGCAGGACCAGGAUCAGAGCAGGGCCCGGUGAUCAUAACAGAUUACGAUGGGUCGACAGCAGUUGCCUACGGCAACUUCAAGACCGCCCCAACAACAGACUCCUACUACACCAUCGGAAACCAUGGCAGGUCGGGACCGAUCGUGUCGAGAGCAAAGAUUUUCGACUACAAGGUCGGCGUACUCGGGAUGAUCGGAGCUCCAUGGAUGCCCAGGAGAACGGCAGACUCGUCGAUACUGCAGCGGGCAGAGAAGCAGAAGAAGGAGCAGAAGAAGUCUGCGGGGAGGGUGGAACAAGAGCAGCAGCAGGAGCAGCAGCAGGAACAACCAGCAUUGUUCUGUCGAGCGUCUAACAAGCUCGUUAAGGACAUGGUACAGUCAGUAGUCGAGGCUCGAACGACUCAUGGACAGAAGACAAGAGAUCAGCUGGCGCGCCUCAACAUCGGGUGA